AUGGGAUUUCAGCAUAUUUUCUUCAACUUCCUCAUCGUGGGUGCAGUAUGCUUCAUACUACGUCCUGUCGUCUCCGGGACAACGACUACUAUCACUUCGACUACCAUCACGGCCACUGCAACAGACGAAAGUGUCCUGCUGGUAGAGGAGUCAGGAGUUGCCUAUGCAUCAAGCGUGACCUUUGUUAAAUCCGGCAACACGUCGAGCACGGAAGAUACCUCCCAGUCAGCCCUAAACGCAGCCAUUGCUAUUCAGGAGGGAGGUUCCGUCUACCUGACUGAUUGCUACAUUGAAACCGAAGACCUUGGGUCAAAUGCUCUCCACACAUACGAAGAUGGAACCUACGCCUAUCUAUACAACCUGGACUUCUACUGUGUGGGCGAAUUUGCUCAUGGAAUCUACACUGCCGGUGGCUAUAUUUAUGCCGAAGACCUCACCGGCAGCACCUACGGUACCUCGAGCAGUGCGAUAGCCACCGAUACCGGCGGUGGCACAAUUAUCGUCAAUAAUGCACAAGUGUAUACAUAUGGUUCGAAAUCUGCCCUUGUCUAUUCCACGGGAAACAUCACUGUGGAAAAUCUCACGGGAACCACGGCCAAAUCCCCGGCUUGUGUUAUCGACGGCUCCAACUCGUGGACUCUCAACAAUCCCGAAAUAUCGGCCGCCCCCAAUGAGCAUGGAGUCUUUCAGUUUAUGAGCACUGUUCCUUCAAGCAGCAGCACUGCAUAUGCAUAUGUCAACGGCGGCUCCGUCUCUGAAACGAGGGGUACAUAUGGAUUGGUCUUUGUUAGCAAUAUCGAAGCUUAUGUGUACCUCACCGACGUUUCCAUCUCUCUUGAGUCAGGAAUUCUCGCGAAUAUCUCUACAGAUGAUUGGGGAACUUCCGGCAGCAAUGGCGGCGACGCCACGAUUGUCCUCUCUGAAGUCGAUGUCAGCGGUGAUGUUUACGUUGACGACAUCAGCACACUGGAGUUGGAUCUAGCUGAUAGCAGUACACUUACCGGCAUUGUCAAUGGUGAUGAUUUAGCAUCCAACGUGACCCUGGUCCUGGACUCAAGCUCCACUUGGGAGGUCACUGGCGACUCCUACGUCGCAACCCUUGAGGACGACGACACCAGCUUCUCCAACAUCAACACUAACGCUACGCGGACAUCUGUUGGAAGGCUGUUGCGCAGAGAACUAUGCUUUUUCGGGAGAUUCAGCAUAUUCUCCUAUACAAACAGUGCACCUGAACCUAACGAGAGGGAUGUUCUUGGUUACCUUACUUCCAUGUAG